GUUUACAAUAUGCAGAGCUGAAUCGGAAUAAAAAUUGUAAAAGUUGGUUCAAGUGUUGUGCAGGUAGUGUGGAAUUAUUAUGCAACCUCAUCCAACUCCAAGCAGCAACGGUCACUGUCCUAUAGUAUAAUGUGGAGUGUGUGAGAUUUGAAUGCGACCGUGAAGUUCGUACUCGUAUAAGUUUGUUUCUUGUCGUUAAAACACAGAGGAACAACUUUCAUCCAUCUUCCAUUUCCGUGUAUUUCCCCCUGUGUCUGAUACGGCCACCGGGACUCAGUCUAUAUGGCCGGUUUGGUCAGCCAUUUGGUUCUUGGGACGAUCUUGCUUGCUUGGUUGAACCAACACUUCGCAGUUAACGCCAUCGCUAAGACGUCUCGCCGGCCUGUGUGUUUAUUAUCAGAGGCGUUGGCCAAUGGCGCCUACGUCGACAAUGCGACGGGUGAUCGUCUGAGGGGUAGGCGCGUCCGACCUGGUCACGUGAUCGAAGCACAGUGCGACUCCGGCUACGGAAGAAGAGGAGCUAAGCUGCGGCGAUGCAACGCAAAGACCAAGGAGUUCGACAAGGAUGCACCCAUCUGUGAAGACAUCGACGAAUGUUACUACUCUGAACUGGUUGGCGUUGCCUCUGGUGACGCGUCUGAGUGGGAGCCGUCGUCUGUGGAGGACUCUUGGGGCAGUUCAGAGGAUGAUCUCUUACUGGACUUCGAUCUAUCGGCACUGCCGAUGGUCAGUUGUCAUAGCAGGGGACAUUGCGUCAACACGCCUGGGUCUUUCCGAUGUGAGUGUAACGAGGGUUACGAAGGGGACGGCAUUCACUCAUGCAGAGAGCUAGAGCAAAAGGCAUGCGAGCCGCUCCAGCCGCCAGCGCACGGCUCCAUGAGCGGGAGCCCGGACCGUCUAGUGAGGUUCUCAUGCAACGAAGGUUACCGCAUUUACGGUGCCGAAUCUCGCAGGUGCUCGGAUGGCAAAUGGACGGGUCUGCAUCCAGUUUGUGAAGUGGUGGGUUGUGGCGAUCCAGGAACGCCCACUAAUGGAGACAAGUUCGGCAGCAAAUAUGACGUUGGUAACCAUGUUUACUUCUACUGUGAGGAGGGCUAUGAGCUCGUGGGACCUGGCACCAGAGUCUGUCUGGACGGAGGCGAUGAUUUCUGGUCACAUGACUUCUGGUCCGGGGUUCAGCCUGUAUGCAGACCCGUUUCGAAAUCCGUAGUCGACAUUGCGCAGAAAAUCCAGACGGAUUUCGUGGACCACUUGGAGGUGUUCACGCACGCUGGGCGCGGCAGGUUGGCGGUGUCUGAUAACAUCGGCCUGGAUCUAGUCUUCGCCUACGAUACCUCGUCUAGCCUGAAUCGUGUCAACUUCGAGAGAGGGGUCAAUUUUACCGAAAGCCUGCUGCGAGAGUUCGGUGUUUCAUACGACAAUGGUGGCACUAGAGUGGCAACGAUAUCGUUUGAUAAUGCGGCUGAGAUUGUGUUCACCUACGGGAAUGACGUGGACACGUUUGAGAAAGUGAUGACGCGAAUUAACCGCUUAAAGGACAAUCUUGGCGGAGGCACAGCUCUAGGGGACGCCCUCGAACUGGUGUUUGAGGUGUUGAAGGACAUGCGCAAUGGAUCAAAGAGGGCUCUGUUCCUAAUGACCGAUGGCAUGGCAACCGUUGGUGUGGACCCCGCUUCAAUUGCCAAGAGUCUUAGGCAGGACGAACGAGUAGAAAUAUUUGUGGUGGCUGUGGGCCAGGCCAUCGAUCAAAGACAGCUCCGCAAGAUCGCCUCUCAGCCCUACUCAACACACGUCUUCCUGCUGGAGAACUUCGAGGAUCUUGCCAAGCUCACGGCGAUUAUCUCGGAAAAAGGAGUCGAGUACAAACGAUGUGGCCAGGCAGGCAACUUGGAGUUGCCCUACGGUGGUAAUCAGCAAAAAGACAAAAACAACGCCAACCGGGCAUGGCCAUGGCUCGCCCAGAUCCUGACGGUGACCAAAAAUGGCCCCUUUCUGCAGUGUGGGGGCGCCCUCCUGUGUGGAGAAUGGGUCGUUACGGCAGGAAGUUGUGCCUGGAAUGAAAGCGGCAUUUCCCAAUAUCCAUCAGAUUACUUUCGUGUUCGGCUCGGCGCCUAUCAACUCGGAGUCGAAGAAGACACUCAGCGCGAGUUUGGUGUGUCAGAGGUUCACAUCCACGAAGAUUAUGAUCCAGGCAAUCGAUACAACGACAUUGCCCUGCUAAAACUGAAUCAGUCAGUCAACCUUACCAGCAACAUUCGAACCCUCUGCGUCCCAUCAGAAAUCGAGCUGGUCCGAUUGAAACCUAGCAGCCUGUGCUACAUCGCUGGUUGGGGCAUCGUGGAUCCGAUAGAGGACCAGACUAGGAACGCCAGUAUGCCGUCUGUGUUUCCUCAGCAGCUCAAAAUUCCCCUAGUAAACGACCGUGAAUGUCGUGAAGCAAUGCAGCGCCCGUACCCAUACGACGGACAACGGAAGCUGUGCGCAGGAACAAUAUACCAAACUCAUGAGGCUUGCCGAGGAGACACUGGAACACCCCUGGUGUGCCAGCAGAUCGACGGGUCCUGGGCGGUCAGUGGAAUCGCCUCCUACACGAAGGAAUGCACGGACAAACGGAAAUUCGACGUGUUUACACGCAUCAAUGAGUUAAUGACUACAUGGCUGCACCGUCAGACGGCGAACUGCACGGAGAAAUACGAGGCAGUUUCGGUUGGUGGUUUCCACAGAGGGACCGAAAGUGAGCAAGAAGAGCCCAACGGUCCUAAUGCUACUGCUUAAGGGAGUUCGGUAUUCCAGCUGCGCAUGUGCACGUCAAGAUUUGCCGCUAUUUCUUUCGGGAAAAAAGUCAUCCUAUGCGUGCAAAAGCAAAGCGGGGUACCAGCAAAAUUGAAGAGAUCAUCAUUUUCUGAAGUAUAAUAUUUUGCAAAACAAAAAUCUUUGGACGGCAAAGUGUUUUGAGUGUCUUGUGUGUCAAUACGUUUGUGCGAAAGAAAGUUCCAUCUCUUUUCGAUUGCACGAACAAUUGCACAAAAUGCAGAUUUGGUUACAACGUCCCCCAUAGCCUUGCGUGCAUUAAUCUGCCGCGGUGAUCUCCCCCUCCCCCGCAAAAAAAAUCGUCGAAUCUUGCUGUGCACCAGACUAUUUUGGAAUAUACCGAACUGGCUUAUUAACAUAACAAAUGAUUCACUCUAAAAUGGCCGCUACACGCACAGGGUCAAUAAUCAAUAUUUUAAUUAAUCUGCAUUGGUUUUGUCUCAAUGAGGCGCUUUAACACAGCGAAAUAUUCUGGGCACAAGAUAUUAGGCAUACGCGAGAGAUGCAGUUUUUAUGAAAGUUACAAAGAAAUGAAGAUUGUAUAAAUCUGUCACCGCGAAAUGAGCUUGAAAUGCUCAUGCGGUGAAUUUGUAUGCACAAAAAAUGGACUUUUUAACGUUAUUGAAAAUUUUUGUUUGGCCAUUUUUAAGGGGAGUUUGGUGCCGUUUCUGGGUUUUAUGCUAAUGCCAAUUUCUCUAUUUGUGAGAAAAAGUGUAAUGUCAUUUUCAGGCAGUGUUACAGUUAUGUCAGCACCAAAAAUUGCCAGAAUGUUGGAUAUUUUGCUGUCAUAAAAUUUUCUGUGAUGAUUCUUUGUUGUAUCGAUACAUGACAGUAUUAGCCAGCGAGCAAACUGUUCUCACAGAUGUUUUCAAUUUGUAAACUUUUAGGUUCACAGUUUGAACAGAAAACCCCUAUAUAAAUUGAAAAGUGAACAUUUUUGCUUACAGUGGUAAGAUGUCCGAGAAAGGACAAUUCGAUUGUGGAGUUUAAGUUGUCAACAAUAAUCCUUGAACUCAAAUGGCUUUUUUUCGCACAGCAGCCAUGAUUGAGGUGUGGUUUUUGUUCCACAAGGCAUGAGUAGACCUAUUGUGCAGUCAUUGUUAUCAAAGGUACAGUCGGACCCUUCGUGUUCUCUUGUAAAAAUAUGACAUUGCAAAUGUCCAAAGGGCAGUAGUACACAUAGUGCCUACCCUUUUCAAAUGAUUAAAACAAAUUUAAAAGAGUUAAAUGUGUCUAUUACAACCACCAGUAGGACCUUUGGGGGACACUUUACCAUUAUAAGUUAUACCUUUGGGGACUGACAUGUGGAAUUAGGGAAAACAAUUCAAUGUCGCCCUAAUGCCUCAGCCUGUUGAGAGGCACAAUUUUAAUGUCACACAUAGCUUAGAGCAUAUCGAUUGCUCGUGGUCCAAUUAGCAAAACAAAACUCAAGUUCGUGGGGUAGGAUAAAUUAGGAUUAGAGGUCAUUAAAGUUGGAAAGGAAAUGCGUGCACAAGAGCUGUCCGAAUGUCUCCCCAUACCGAUUAUCGAUUAGGCUAUAAAUAACAACCACGCUAUGUAUGAUUGCUGCAUUAGUACAAUUUAUUCCGCUUCGUGCACUGCAAAAGCAGGUAUAGCCGUUUGCACUUGAUAUGUAACAAACGUGUGAUAUAACAAUAAAACUGUUACAAAAUUAAAAUCAUAGAGUAAAGAAAUAUUUGACUGUACUACUAUCAAAUGAUGUCAAGGGCGGAUACAGAAGCACGUUUUGGGGGAUAGGGAGGGAGGGGGCCAAGGGGGCUCGAGUUGGUUUCUUUUUUCAAGGAGAUUAAAGUAUAUAAUAUUUAGCGCUAUUUCCAUAUUGUCACAUUGAAACUAAAAGGCAUGUGUAGCUGAUGGCUUGCCAGGGAGAUACGUAACAUUCAGGGGUGCCAGGCGCGGAUCCAGGGGGGGGGGGGG